UCCCUCUCCCCCGCCCUCCGCCCUGUCCCCAGCGCCGCCGCCGCCGCUUCCACAAGAUGGCGGGGACCGUGGCCGAGCGGGACGCGCUGAAAAUAGAGGACGGGCAUUUAAACAACUCCCUGGGAUCUCCGGUGCAGGCUGAUGUGUACUUCCCUCGCCUGAUCGUCCCCUUCUGUGGGCACAUCAAAGGAGGAAUGAGGCCGGGAAAGAAGAUCUUAGUUAUGGGCAUAGUGGACCUCAACCCCGAGAGCUUUGGCAUCAGCCUGACUUGCGGGGAGUCAGAAGAUCCUCCUGCGGAUGUAGCCAUAGAACUGAAAGCUGUGUUUACAGAGAGACAGUUUGUCAGAAACUCUUGUGUAGCCGGAGAAUGGGGGGAAGAGCAGUCGUCUAUUCCUUACUUUCCAUUUAUACCGGACCAGCCUUUUAGGGUUGAGAUACUUUGCGAGCACCCCCGUUUUAGAAUAUUUGUGGACGGACAUCAGCUCUUUGAUUUUUACCACCGUAUCGAAACACUGUCAGCAAUUGACACGAUAAAGAUAAAUGGAGAUCUUCAGCUUACGAAACUGGGCUGAGCUUGUUAGGACUGCGGAUUCCAAACCAGCUCAGGUGCCAUCGUCUGUUGGGAGCAGUGACAGCCGGCUCUGGACACAGCUAUGGUAGGAAGGCUGCCCCGUUCCUUUUCCGCAUGCAGUUCUUCACUCCUGUGCCGAUGAACCGGGCUGGUUGGGUUUUUUUAUCCUAACGAAGAGCACUGUUGGUUUAUAGACAUUGAGCCGUUUUUUCUUGGAUCAAAAUAGCCCACCUGUGCUGGAUAAUCAAAUUGGAAUGGAUUCGGAAAGACUCGCAGUCUCCUUUCAAAUCUCGCAGAAAAGGCGAUCUCUGAAAUGCAGCGCUAAAACCGGUUACCGAACGGUAGCGAUGACAAAAAACAAGUUUUCCUUUGGCAAAUAUUGUUUCUGCACUGAAGUGGAGUAGUGUAGCACAACAUAGGGCCACGUGCUGACGUCCUUAUCCGGGGCCUGAGCCUGGUUCCAUGGAAAUCAAUGGCAAAACUCCCUCUCACUUUAAUGGGGUACAAUCAAACUGUCUAGUCCUUAGUCAAGCACAAUUCCCACUGAUUUCUAUGGCAUUUUUGCACACGCCUUGGGGCCUGCACUUCUGCUGGUGUAAAUCAGCAUUACCUCCAUGGCUUGUAAUGGAAUUUUGCUGAUUGCCCUCAGCCUCUGGUUUGGCCCAAGGACUGUGCAAAAGCUGACUGAGGGUGCGUGGACACAGCCUGUGUAUUUUAGUCAGGGUAUUUGCAUAGAAUGUAGAUCGUCAUGAGUUUUUGCACAACGUAUUGUUAAUACAAUUUUUAAAACUUAUCUGUAGUUUAUUUAUUUAUACUCAUUGUAUGUAUUAUUAGUAAAAAGAAUGAACAAUCUUACUGACGAUUAAGAACAGCAAAGUGUAAACAUUUUGAAUGUACAAAAUGUUUUAGGUUCUUCGGGCGAACUUUACAUAUCGUUCUUGAAAAACCGUGUUUCCUAUCGCACAUUUAGUUACAUUUUAAUGGAGCCCUCUAGGCCCUGGGAAAACGUGGGCAUGGUAGUUGGUGUGUGUGGGGGGGGGUAACUCUGCAUAUUCACUAGAAUCUGUUUUUCAGGGCUUACUAACUUUGCUGCACAGGAUAGGUUUGAGCUGAAGUCGGUCCAUUUUAAAAACUUAAACAGCAAAUUUGUGGGUUUCACUGUGCUUUCACAACCUGAGAAGAAGUUAAAUUUGGCAAUCUCUUAGUUCAGAAAGAGAGCCAGCCUCUUUCCAAGGGAGAUGGGAGAUUCUUUACACUUGUUUGAGAACACAUUUGGCCUUUGAUAUGACAAUUAAAACUUGUCUAGACAGCCAAGUUAUUAAUGCUUGAAAAUCAGCUACUGCACAUGAAUAAUAACUUUUCAAGUAGCUUUUUAAAUAGUAAGUAUAGCUGUAUAAACACAGUCAUUGCGCUACACUAUAAAUGAACACAGCCACUUUUCUUGACUUCUUUAGGACUAAGUACACUUUUUUCCUUGGCUGCUCACAGUGGACUUGAGUGAGUCUUUCUGAGUAGUUAUAAUCAUGAUAUAAACAUACAUUUAGGCAAUUUUGAAAACACAUAAUAUAGGGACUAAAACACAGACUAUAAAAACAUCCUUUGUAGCACGGUAUUUAAGGAAAAAAACAAAAAGUAUCUCACAAAUGGAACUAUGUUGAGCCUGCAAUAAAAGUGUGGUUUAAAGCAACCAGAACUGGAAUAUCCAAAGUUAAGGGUAGAAUGCCAAUGCAAAGCCUCAUUUUGUGCUCAUUUGGCCUGCAGUUAAGAAGCCUUAGACUGCAAGCUGAAAUUCCAACUAUGGCUCUACUCCAAAGCCUGUUGAGGUCAAUCAGAGUCCUCUGAGCAUAGAAGCCUGAUUCUUAUUUCUUGCAAGUGCAAAUCUCUUUGUAAAGCAGGGGGGUUGUUGCUGCUGCUGCAGAUGAAUUAAGAAUCAGGCUGCCACCUAUGAAAUACAAGCUAAAAUGUUAAUUUUUAGCCUUAACAUUUAACGUUCCCUGACUUUUCUUCCUAUUUCCAAAAUAAAAGAGGUCCUGUUGUUUUCCAGAUGAACUUUUUAUCUGGUGUGUGGCUUUUAAGCUGUACAUCAGGUUCUAUUUGUACUCCAGAUUGAACUGAAAUGUUCCUGUCUUGCUCUGUUUUUACUCUUUUACAUGAUACAUAAUGACUGUGUCAUUUUCCAUUGUAUAAAGAAUGCUGACAGUGUUUCGGUACAAAAUAUAUUCUUAAAAAUUAUGAUAAUAAAAAUCCAAGGGAAAGGUGCUUCUA